AUGUGGCCAUCAUCGGCCAAAAAGACGCUUCUCAGCACCCCAACUUCGCCGCUCUCGCUGGCUGGAUCGGCGGACUGGAAGACGCUGCUCGCCAACAGCCCUACCUCUGCGCUUGCCCUGCCAGACUUGAUCUCUGAGUUGCAAAAGAUCACGCGCGAUUCGGGACGUCACACUGCUGUGGUGGACAACACGUCGGACGAAAAGGUGGCUGCGUUCUACCCGCACUUCCUCGCGGCUGGUCUGAGCGUUGUGACCCCGAACAAGAAGGCGUUCUCGGGACCCAUCGAGCUGUACAGCGAUAUCCUCAAGUACAAGUCGAACGACGUUGCUGGUUCCAAGGGACCACUCGUCUACCAGGAGUCCACCGUGGGUGCCGGUCUGCCGAUCAUCUCCACGCUCACCGACCUGGUCGCCACAGGUGACGAGAUCACCAAGAUCGAAGGCGUCUUCUCCGGUACGCUCUCGUACAUCUUCAACGAGUUUUCCACCCCCAAGGGCGGUGAUAAGAAAUUCUCUGACAUUGUCAAGUUCGCCAAGGAAAACGGCUACACGGAGCCUCACCCUAACGACGACCUGUCUGGCUCGGACGUCGCGCGCAAGCUUGCCAUCCUGUCCCGUUUGGUGCCCGAGCUGAAAGACGCGCUGCCUCAGGGAUACUUGAGCGUGCCCACGCACUCGCUGACCCCUGCUCCGCUCGCAGACGUCGCGUCGGGCGAAGAGUACGUCAAGCGCCUCCCCGAGUUCGACGCUGACUACGACGCGCUCAACAAGGAAGCGUUCAACAACGGCUCGGUGCUGCGAUACGUCGGUGUGAUCGAUGUCAAGAAGGCCGAGAUCAAGGCUUCGCUCGAGACAUACCCGGCGUCGCACCCGUUCGCUUCCUCGCUUUCGGGCUCGGACAACAUCAUUGCCUUCCACACCAAGCGCUACUCGGCCCGCCCGCUGCUCGUUCAGGGCUCCGGUGCAGGUGCUGAUGUCACCGCCAUGGGUGUUGUCGCUGAUCUCAUCAAGAUUGCUGAACGACGUUCCUAA